AGCCUUCUUCACAUUAUCUCAGCUUCCCACUUCUUUCUACACAACAACUCCUUGUGUAUCAUGAGUUCUCCUGGUAGAGAAGCUGAUGACAUGGAAUGGGAAGAGGAGUGUCGACGACAUCGUCAACAAGUGAUGAUAAUGUAUGGAGGUAUGAUGCUUCACCAACCAAUGGGAUGAGUUCUCCUGGUCACACUUACAAUCAAUGUUAUUACUUAGAUAACAGGAUUUAUCCUGAAUGGGCUACAUUUGUGAAGACUAUUACUGCCCCCAAUAACCAGAAAAAGAAGUUGUUUGCAAAACGCCAAGAGGCAUACCGCAAAGAUGUUGAGAGAGCCUUUGGCAUACUGCAAGAAAGAUGGGUCAUUAUCAUAGGAUCAAGUCGUGUGUGGGAUGUGCAUACAAUGGGAGAAAUUAUGCUAGCAUGUAUUAUUCUACACAACAUGAUAGUGGAAGACCAACAGAACAAUGGGGAAGAGGCAUUGGCUAUGAUGGGUCAAUAUGAUACUAAUUCAGAUUUCACAGUGGAUCCACCGGAUCAUGAUAUGUCGACACUCAUGUCUUACAAGGCAAGUCAUGGCAGAAUUCGUGAUCGUCAAGGACAUCACUCAUUGAGAGAUGAUUUGGUUGAGCAUCUGUGGGCAAAAGAAGGAGGAGGGGAGUAGGAAUAUGUUGUAUUUGAAGUUUAAUCAAUGUGCUCUAAUGUCCCUUUAUGUUGUGUUUCAAAUUUAGUUUUUAUCCUUUGAGUAUUUUGAUCAUUGUAUUUUUCUCGUCUUUUGAGUAUCUUGUUCAAUGCUUUAAUAAAUAAAGUAGUUCGAUUAAUAAUUUCAAAACACACUAAAAUGAAGCAUACAUCAAACCAUUGAUUCAAAGUACUUAAAAAUAAACAUUCAACAAUAAACCAUGCUUAUAAAAACUAAACCAUAAAAAAUACAUAAACCCAAAGACCCUCAAUUGUCAUAGAAUGGGGCUAUAUGAGUCGUCUCCUAGGCUUGAAGUUGGAUACUCUUGGUUGGAGGCCAUAAUGUCAUCCUUUUGCCUUUGGUACCAUGCUCUAUUUUGAGCGCUCAUUUGAGAUAAGUCCAUAUUCAUUAUCUUCUCCUCGUGCAUAAUCUUUUCCCUUGCUUCCUUCGCCUUCUCGCGUUCCUCCCUCGCAUUUUCGUGUGCCCCCCUCAACUCAGCAAUUGCAUCAUGUCUUGCAUUGCUUGCCGCCAUAUCCUGUAUAGUCUUUUGGAAAGCCCAUCCGCAUCUCCUCUUUUGUUCUUCUUUUGCUUAUCUCGACCUUCGGAACGACGAAUCACAUAAGGAUGAGCACUUGCUUGAACUCCGGAUGGUAUGGAUGAUGAAGAACCAUCCAUUGGUGGAACGUCUCCUACGGCGAUAUGGAAUUGCUCCAUGUAUUUCGGACACUUUUCAAGUAUUUCCCAACAAUCAGCGAACUCAAAAUCUAUUUUGGUUUGGGCUCUGAAAAGAGCAUGAGCACAAGAUAGAGAAGUAGUUCAAAAAAUCUAAAAAACUAUUAACUUGAUUAAGUAAAAAAUUUAUCAUAAAAAUUCAGAUUUCACAUAAGAACUUUACUUACCACGUCGCUUUGAUUGGAUCCGCUCAUCAGUGAUGCAUUUACUCUCUUCAACACUCCAUUCCACACCGUACAAUAGCGACUAAUUGACUCGUUCUAACUACAACAUCCCGAUCGACGGCCAAGUAUAUCCGCCGACCGGGUGUAGCAUAGGGCAAGCAAGCAAUAAGAAUUUACCGUACCACGAGGAUCUAGGCUUACCCUACUUCAGGUUGAGGGUUCGUUAUCUAGACAACCUAGGAUAGUGAUUAAUAAAACUAAACUAACUAACCUGGACUAACCACUAACCUAGCUAUUUACAAGGUUGAGAGCUCUCUUGGGUUGAAUUUUCCUAGGUCCAUUCUUUGGAUCGAUGUUGGGUAUCCUCGUAGCUCGAUCGGCUCAAAUACACUACCGUUUGGAGAUGGACUCCCUCGGGAAUGACCCGGAAUGGCGAAUCGAUGGAUGGGUAGUGCUCUAUUCAACCUAAGGUUUCAUAUAAUGCUAGGAGACCGGUCGAAUAAACUCCCUCUUGGACUACCCGAACAAUAUACAAUAGGAGUGACUCGAAGACGCCAAAAGGGGGCUCUAAGGGGAUUAUCUCCCUCCUAGGUCAAAAGCUCAAUACAUGAAAAUGGAAACCCAACUCAUGCCAUUGAUGAAAACAUCCACCAAUUAAGUAAAAUCAUCAAUCAAUCAUGGAGUUUUUCACAUACAUCAACAUUAAACCCAAAUCUAGACCUAGGGUUCUUAAACCCAAGAGAAAAGGGUGAGUUUUUAGAGAGAGAGAGGAGAGAUUACAAAGGAACCUCUAGAUCUUCUUCUUCUAGGCUUGAUUCCUUGCUUUCCAGCUUGAUCAAUGCCUUCUAUAAAGUUCCAAGAUCACU